AUAUAUAAAUACCCACCUCGAGGAGUCUUUUAAUCGAGAGUUUGUUUGUGGGUCUCUCUCUGUCUCUCCGUCACUCCCUCUCAGUUUCGACUCGAUUUGAGGAAAACGAUGGAGGAAUGAGUGGUGGUGUUCAGAGGAUCUGAGCCAAUUGAUGAUUGGGUGUUGGAAGGAUACAAGGUAUUUGUAGGUGAGUUGAUUAAAAAAAUAAAUAAAUAAGAAAAUUUUCUUUGUGCAUUUUAGGUCCUCUGUGCGUUUUAGGGUGUUCAAAGAUUUUGUGCGUGGAGUCUGAGCCUGAGGCUCUGAUCGCUGAGAUUUGGGUGAGGAGUCGGUGAAUGGGGAUUCAGACAAUGGCGUCGCAGGGUGGCGGCGGCACUGGAGGGCAGCAAUCCCAGAUUCAGAGUUUGGGGAGGCAAGGAUCCCUUUAUGGUCUCACCCUCAAUGAGGUCCAGAGCCACUUGGGUGAACCCUUGAACAGUAUGAAUCUUGAUGAGCUCCUCAAAAGCGUGCUCCCAGAGGGCAACCAAUCCUUGGGAAUGGACCUUGACAGUGCCACCAGCCAAUUCACCUCUGGUUCUGGCCUCCAGCGCCAGGGAAGCAUUACCAUGCCACGGACCCUAAGCAAGAAGACGGUGGAUGAGGUGUGGAGAGACAUCCAGCAGGGGCAGCAGAAGAGCAAUGAGGAGCACAGAUCAGGUCAUGGGAGGCAGUUGACGUUUGGGGAGAUGACACUGGAGGACUUUCUGCUGAAGGCUGGGGUGGUCGUAGAGGGCUCUGCUAAGGAUGCGAAUGAUAUAAUGGGGAAUGUAGGUCCUGGUGGAAGUUCUGACCUGAUGGCUGGGGUGCAGGAUUUUGGACAAGGGGCACAUUGGUUGCAGCGAUACCAUCAAAUGGCUGCUAUGGAUCAUCAGCAGCCGGGGCAGCAAAGCUUGAUAGGUGCUUAUGCACCAAGCCAUCCAGUCCCACAGCCUUUGGGUGUUGGCACGAGUCCCAUUCUGGAUGCUGUCUUCCCAGAUGGCCAGAUGAGCAUUGCAUCGCCAGGGAUGGGGGCAUUCUCUGAUCCCCAAACACCAGGUCGUAAACGAGCAGCUUCAGGAGAGAUGGUGGAUAAAUUAAUGGAGAGGAGGCAGAAGAGGAUGAUCAAGAAUCGGGAGUCUGCUGCCCGUUCAAGAGCUAGGAAGCAGGCCUACACAAAUGAGCUGGAACAUAAGGUUUCUCGCCUGGAAGAGGAAAAUGAUAGGCUGAAGAAGCAGAAGGAACUGGACAAGUUACUGUCCUCGGUACCUCUACCAGAGCCAAGGUAUCAGCUUCGGCGAACAAGUUCAGCCCCCAUCUGAUCAUGUUCAUAUUAAUUUUUGUAGAUUGACAUGGGAUGUUAUCUUUGCAUCUUGGGUUAGAAAUAUUUGGUAGCUUGGAGUUUUUAGCUCUCCUUCCUCUGGGGUUUAAAGAUUUUGGGAGACUCUGCAUAUGCUGCUGCUGCUGCCACUUCCUGUUUUCAGCUUCUACUAAGGCUUUGUUCGAUGUAAAUCUGCUGGACACAUGAGCAUUUCUAGAAUUCUUUUAUAUAUUUCAUGUGUCUUUUUUUUAGCAUUUUAGCAUUGGUGGCUGUUAAACUAGUGGAUAAAAGGUGAAUAUGUGCACAAACUGCAGCUCUGAUGAUUAUGGGGGUAAGAUAUAUAAAAUGCUGCAGCACUAAAGUGUAAUUUCAGUACUUUUCGUAUGUUAAAGUGGAUUCUCCUGAACCAUAAAGUGAGACGUCAUGCUUUUUCAUAUAAAAUUGUUGCAGUAUUUGUUUGAUUCA